CAGAAGCAAGUUCUGCUUAACGCUGCGUACGUCCACUUGACGCUUUCGCUCUCGUUUCCUGUUUCGGCUUCGAGCCCACCUCCGGUGGUUUUGCCCAUCCGACGUGCCCCCGUUUGAAUUCGAGCGCUCGAGCUCCCGAGAGUGGUUGUAAAGUCUCGAUCCAGAGGAUCGAGUGCAGGAACCGCGAGCGAUUGGCUCGAUUUGGGGAAUUCGGGUGGCAUUCUGCGGCGGUUUCUCCGUGUGCUUUGGAGGAAAUCGAUGGGAUCGGCUGGGAGCUAUGGCGUGGGAACGGGGAAUUCCGGCGCCUACAUGACGGAAAUCGCGGAGCCCAUCCGGUUUGACGAGGAGAUUCGAAGUCUGAUCCAAGCCAGGUUCGAUGCCCCACCGGUGUCCGGCGGCUCCUUCACCGCGCUCCUCGGUCUAUCGGCUAACCAGGCCGUGGGCCUCCUUCAUGAGCCCGGCGCCGGCGAGGUUUCCGCCUCCGCUGCGGCCUCCUCCCCCACUGGCCUCGGGCAUCCGCUCGGCUGGUCUCCCACCUUCCCCUCCAACGCCGGCCUUGCGGAGCGGGCCGCAAGCUUCCCCGUCUUCGCCGCCGCGGACUCCCCGGCGUCGAGCUCUGGCGGAGGGCCCUCGCCGCAGCUCAAGGCGGAGCCCUCGGACUCCGAUUCCUCGCCUCCCCUCCCGGUCCCCAUCGAUAAGCCGCGGCGGCCGGCAAAGAGGAAGGACUGCGAGAAGCAAAAGGCAAAGGGCCCCGCGAAGAAGCUGAAGACCGCGGAGGAGCACACUGAGGAUGACCAGCUCCCUUACGUUCACGUCCGCGCUCGCCGAGGACAAGCCACCGAUAGCCACAGCUUAGCGGAGAGGGCGCGAAGGGAAAAGAUCAAUGCGCGGAUGAAGCUUCUCCAGGAACUGGUUCCCGGAUGCAGCAAGAUUACAGGAACAGCCUUGGUGCUUGACGAAAUCAUCAACCACGUACAGUCGCUCCAAAGGCAAGUUGAGUUCCUGUCGAUGAGACUGGCGGCGGUCACCCCGAGGAUCGACUUCGGCGGUCUCGACAGCUUUUUAAUGGCGGAGUGUGGACCGCUGGCGGCAUCCAAUGGAAGGGGCGAAGUGGCUUUGGAUCCUGUGUCGUGGUCGUCGGACCCGGCUCCGGGUACCGGACAACGAACGGAUCUCCGGCCAAGCCAGCAAUCAUCUACGGCGUGGGUCUACCCGUAUGGUCUCAUCAACCAUGGGACUUCGCUCUUUGGUUAUGGCGCUGCCAAUUCCGUGCCACUGAACUCGAACCAAUCGAAGACGGAUCUCUGAACAGCAGCAGCAGCAGUGGCGCUUUCCUGCUGGCAAAACACGUAUGUACAGAGCAGAGUAAAUGUAUUGUUAGGACGAGUCGAUUGGAAGUGGAAGGAGAGCUUCGUUUGCACUCUUCCUGCGACCAGCUCCCAGCUCUCUGAUAAUGAAUUGAUUGCAGAGUAUGUAUGAUACUCUUUAAUUCCUCGUACCCUGUCCUAUAUAAAUUUUCCUGUUCCUAUUCAAACAACAAUUUUGAUUUAUGCUCCUAAUCUCGUAAUGAAUCCUAAUUU